AUGAGGCCGCAGCUACAGCGGCUUGUGCCGCUUCUUUUUUUCUUUCUCUCGCUAUUCUUAUGCGUUUCUUCGGGGCAGACCAGAGAGGCUUGGAAGUCGGGAUGGGGGAAUGUAGAAGGAGAUGUGAACCCAGACCAGGGCGUACUGGCCUUUGACGAUGCUAUGGCGCUUCUACACACGAUCAAACCGGCUGCGGCGCCAUGGUGGAAUUUCGAUAAAAAGUCUGGCAUACUGGGUACCAGCGCGUACUACGCCAAGGAAGUCUUCUUCCUGCUCUUCAUGAAUGGACCGCCGCAGCAGGAGCUGUUGACCACGAACCCGCAGUCCAAGAAACUUGGACAUUCCCUGUCACAGGCCGUUGACUUGUUGGAAGAGGCCGCGGCCCAGAAGAACCCCGAUGCAAUCUUUACUCUCGCCGAGAUGAACUUCUACGGCAACUACACGCACCCGCGCAACUACUCCGAGGCCUUUCGAAGAUACCACGAGCUCGCGACUCUGAAUGGAAAUGCCUCGGCACAGCACAUGGUUGGUUUCAUGCACGCGACUGGCAUCGGCGGGGCAGUCAAGCAAGACCAGUCCAAGGCUAUGCUAUACUACACAUUGGGCGCUGAAGGUGGAGACGUACGGUCAGAAAUGGCUGUUGCGUAUAGACACUCGGCGGGCAUAUCCACUCCGCGGAACUGUGACGAGGCUGUACAUUUCUACAAAGCGGCGGCUGAGAAGGCUAUUGCAUACAUGCGGUCUGGUCCACCAGGCGGGCAUUCUAUGCCGCGAGAGUCAUACAAUAUCGCUGACGAUCAAGGUGGUGUGUAUGGCGAAGGUGCAAGUACGAGCAGUUCGGGACCCAACGCCAAGGUUGCAAGCGCUCAAUCUGAUGCCUUCUCCUCCCUUGACGACGUCUUCGAAUACAUGGAUCUGCAGGCCCGAAAGGGUGAUGCUAGGGCCACAUUCAAUCUUGCUAAACUCAAUUACGACGGCGCACGAACGUUGAAGCGAGACCUUCCGGCGGCUAAGAAACGGUUCUUGGAACUUGCCCGCAUGUACUGGACAAAAGACGGAAAGAUUAACGCAAAUGUAUCGCCGACGACCGAGAAGCUAGCUGCGAAGGCCGCUGGCUAUCUUGGCCGGAUGUUCCUGCGCGGCGAGGGUAUGCCACAAAGUUUCGAGAUCGCAAGAACCUGGUUUCGACGUGGCAUGGAGUUAGGUGAUGCACUGUCGCAGUACUCGAUGGGUAUCAUGUAUCUGAAAGGCCUAGGCGUGCCUCAGGACGCUGUAAAGGCUGCUGAACUGUUCGGUGCAGCUGCAGACCAGGAUUUGGCAGUUGCACAAGUCCGACUUGGUGCGCUCUUUCUGGACCAAGGCGAUAUCGCCAUUGCGGCCAAAUACUUUGAGCUUGCAGCUAGGCAUGGGCAUCUCGAGGCCUUCUACUACUUAGCUGAAAUGACGAACAACGGCAUCGCUCGCACCAAGUCUUGUCCUCUAGCGGCCACAUAUUACAAGAUCGUCGCAGAGAAGGCCGAGCUUGUCUCUACAUCUUUUCCAGAAGCCAAUGAGGCUUACGCGGAUGGCGACCUAGAGACUGCACUCGUUAGCUACAUGAUGGCAGCUGAACAAGGCUUCGAGGUUGCGCAGGCUAACGUCGCCUACCUUCUCGACCAAGUCAAGCCUCGCUUUACCUUAGACUCGAUCGUUCCCUUCAUGAAGCAGAAGCCUUCGCUGGCUAGCGAUGCAUUCCUGGCGCUAGUAUAUUGGACGCGCUCUGCAGAACAGAAGAAUGUUGACGCCAUGGUCAAGAUGGGAGAUUACUAUCUGAUGGGUCUCGGAACACAUCCUGAUUCCGAAAAGGCUGUGGCUUGUUAUACAGCAGCAGCAGAGACCAUGCGAAGCGCACAAGCCAUGUGGAAUUUGGGCUGGAUGCACGAGAAUGGCAUCGGCAUUGAUCAAGACUUCCAUCUUGCCAAAAGACAUUAUGAUCUUGCCUUGGAGACAAACCCGCGCGAGGCUUACCUACCCGUCAUCCUAGCGUUGUACAAACUCAGGAUCCGGAGUUGGUGGAAUACCUUCACAAAUGGCAACAUCAAGUCUAUCCAAGAGGAGCCCGUCGUCAAGAAACAAUGGACACUUUCGGAGUGGCUCAACGCUUUCCUCGAAGCCGAACUCGCCGGCUGGGAUGAAUACGAGCCUGAUGACUUCGAUGACACACAUACAGCCGGCGACGACUACUACGGUGACGGCUACCACGGCGACGAUAUUGAUUCGGAUAUUCUCGAGUCGCUCAUCAUUCUGGCUCUGAGCGGCGCUUUGGCAUUCUUGCUGUACUACAGGACACAGAGGCAGAGAAGACAAGAGGAAGAGAGAAGACGGCAACAGGAACAACAACAGCAGCUGAAUCAGGGAAUGCCGGUGCAGCAACAGCAGGCGGAAGGACAGCCGCUACCAGACAGAGGACUGUUUCCAAAUCCAAACGACCCUGAUUUUAUGAAUUGGGUAGCAGGUGGCGUAGGUCAUUGA